AAUUUGGUGUUAAUGUUAAGUAAUAAUGAUUCCUCUUCUAGUUUCGCGCCAUCAUAAACACUUUUCUGACCUAUGUCUCUCUCUCUCUCUCUCUCUCUCUCUCUCUCUCUCUCUCUCUCUCUUCUUUACACUAUCUUCUAUUGCGAUUUGCGAUCUUUCUUUAGUAUCUUCUCACAUCACAUUUGACACAUUCAUAACUCUGCUCUGCUCCUCAUCAUCACUUCAAACCCUUUUCAUCUCAACAUCAAUUUUUCUUCUUCACUCAUGUAAAAUAACAGAGACACAGUAAAAAAUACUAGUAAUACAAACAGAAUCAAACGUUUGUGAUGACGGCUAGUGUUUCUAGCGGAACUCGUAGCAAGAAUGUUUCAUUGUUCGGUUGUCUUUCACUUGGUGGUUCAUCAAAGUCAAGAAAGAAUGUUAAAAAUGACAUGGGUUUGGACUCUGUUUCAGCUGGGUCUAAAAGAAUGAGGUUCAAAGAAAAACCUUUUGUGACUAUGGAUGGUGUUUCUAGCAGAACUCGUAGCAAAAAUGUUCGGUUGUUUGAUUGUCUUUCACUUGAUAGUUCAUCAAAACUGAGAAAGAAUGUUGAAGCUGAUAAGGGUUUGGACUCUGUUUCAGUUUCUGGGUCUAAAAGAAUGAGGGUAAAAGAAGCGCCUUUUGGGAUGAUAGAUUGUGUUUCUAGCAGAACUCGUAGCAAAAAUGUUCCGUUGUUCGGUUGUCUUUCACCUGAUGGUUCAUCUUUAAAGCGGAGAAAGAUUGAUGAAGAUGAUAUGGGUUUGGAAUCUGUUUCUGGGUCUAAAGAAAGGAAGGUAAAUGAAGAUGUUGAAGGGUUGGAGCAAUGUGAUGAGAAGAAGUAUGAGGGUGAUGGUGAAAAGGAAGUGAAAAGUGAUGAAAAUGGUGAGAUUGAUGCUAAAGAUGAAAACUUUAAUGAGGAAAAGUGUGAUUUGGAACAUGAAAAUCCAAUUACAGUAAGUGUGGGUGGUGUUUCUAGCCGAACUCGUAGUAAAAGUGUUCCAUUGUUUGGUUGUCUUUCACUUGAUGUUUUAUCUUCAAAGAGGAGAAAGAGUGAUGAAGAUGGAAUUGUUUUGGGAUCUGUUUGUGGGUCUAGAAAAAUGAGGGUAAGGGGAGAAGUGUUGGUGGUUCCUGAGAAUGAUAAGGUUAUUUCCAUCCAUGAUGAUGAUGUUGAUGAUGAAGAAGGGUUGGAGCAAUGUGGAGAGAAGAUGUUUGAGGAUGGUGUUGAUGUUAUAAAGGAAGUGAAAAGUGAUGAAAGUGGAGGAAAUGGUGAGAUUGCUGGUAAAGAUGAAAACUUUGUUGAUGAAAAUUACUCAGAUGAAUCUGAUGAAAGUGACGAUGAAGAACUGUCUGUUGAUGAUGAUGGUAAGGAUGAUGAUGAUGAUGAUGUGGAAGGGUCGGAGCAAUGUGAUGAAAAGAUGUUUGAGGGCUGUGUUGAUGUUGAAAAGGAAUUAAAAAUUGGUGAAAGUGGAGAAAUUUGUGAGAUUGCUGAUAAAGAUGGAUACUUUGUUGAUGAAAAAUGUGAUUUGGAAACUGAAAAACCAAUUACAAUAAGUGUGGGUGGUGUUUCUAGCCGAACUCGUAGCAAAACUAUUCCAUUGUUUGGUUGUCUUUCACUUGAUGGUUUAUCUUCAACGAGGAGAAAGAGUGAUGAAGAUGAAAUGGUUUUGGGAUCUGUUACUGGGUCUAGAAAAACGAGGGUAAAGGGAGAAGCUUUUGUGGAUCUUGAGAAUGAUGAGGUUAUUCCCAUCCACGAUGAUGAUGUUGAUGAUGAAGAUGAAGAAGGGUUGGAGGAAUUUGGUGAGAAGAUGUUUGAGGGUGGUGUUGAUGUUAUAAAGGAAGUGAAAUGUGAUGAAAGUGGAGGAAGUGGUGAGAUUGCUGAUAAAGAUGAAAACUUUGUUGUUGAAAAGUUUUCAGAUGAAUCUGGUGAAAGUGAUGACGAAGAACUUGUUGAUGUUGAUUCUGAUGAUGAUGAUGAUGAUGCAAAAGAAGAAGAGGAAGAUGAGAGUGAGGAAAAUGAGACCAGUGAUGAGGAUUUUAGAGUUGAUGAGGAUGAAGAUGAAAGUUCUCCUUAUGUUAAUGAUGACGAUGGUGGUAAGGAUGAUGAUGAUGAUGAUGGUAAGGUGGAGGAAGGAGAGGAGGGUUUGGAAAAGUUGUGGCAAGAAUGUGCCAUGAUGGAGGAGCUGUCGAAGGAUAACAAAAGUGGAAUUUCUGAGAAGAAUAAUGAGGAGGUAUGGAUUGAGAGUAGUGCUUUUUCUGUUAACAACGAUGGUUCGAAACAUGCAUAUCAUUCUAGUGUAACAACCUCUGUUACCUUUGAGAAAAAGGGUUAUUUAAUGAAGAGUUCUUCCAACCUGAAUAAAGUAUCCGAGAAAAGCAAAUCAAAGAGAGUGAACAUAAUAAACAUGCAAAAUGUCAGUGAUGAAGAUGAUAUUCAAGUUAUUGCUGAUCAUCCCAAGAGUUUUGGUUCUUCUAAGCUUCACAAGGGCGACACAAAUAAUGUAGAGGAGGAGGAGGAGGAGAAGGUUUGGAGAAAAUACGAUGUGGUGGAAGAGGAUGAAGACGAGGGUAUGAAAAAGUUGUGGCAAGAAUAUGACAGUGUGUUGGAGGAGGUGAAGGAUAAAAAAAAUGGUAUUUCUGAGAUGAAUACCGAGAAUAAAACAUCCAAGAAGCGCAAGUCAAAAAGUGUAGACAUAGAAUGGUAUGUCUGUGAUGAUGUUCAAGUUAUUGCUGAUCAUCCCAAGAGUUUCUGUUCUUCUAAGCUUCACAAGGGUGAGAGAAAUAAUGCCAAAGCAAAAGCAAAAGAUUAUGUUAAAGCUAAUGACAUUGUGAAUGUUGAUGAUUAUGAUGAAGGAAAAGAAGUCAAAGGUUUAGGCGUUGGAGGAGUUUCUUUGUUUCAAGCAAAACAAGAAAAGAUGAGGUUUUCAGAUACACAAAAAAUGCCGGAGAACAAAGGAAGGGAUUAUAGAGGCAGAGUUAACAUCUGGAAUGGUGAGAAGAAGGCAACCAUGGAAAACAAUGGUUUGAAUCGAAGGGUAAACAGCACACUGUUUAUGCGGAAGGAGUUGCAUUUAGCUAAACUCCUUGCUGAGUGCUAUUGGGGAGACAAGAACGAUACCACCAAGAAUGAUUCAAUUCAAUUGGAGAUCAAGGAUGUUGCCGACGCCGUUGAUCGGAGAGAUUCACGGCCACCACCGGUUUGUGUAGAGACACCAUCAUUGAUAUGGAGCCUAAAAAAGGUUGAAAAAGUGGAAAAGACUAAGGAGGAGGAGGAACAGGAAAUGUUAUGGGAUCAAGUGGAUACAUCCCUUAGAGAAAUAGAAGCUGAAUCCAUGAUUGGAAGUUUAGGGACAAAUGAAGUUAAACAAGAAAACAUGGGAAAUCCAUCUACUCUCUGUGAACAUGAUACUCGUCUCGACGACGAGAUUGGUGUAUAUUGCAGAUGGUGUGGUGUGGUUAUCACUGAGAUCAAAUAUAUCUCACCACUGGUGGUGGAUCGAUUUCCCUAUGAAGGUUCUGGAAAAAGAACUUCAUUUGAUGAUUCAGUUAAUGCCUCACUCUAUGAUGGAUCUCAAUUCAAUGUUUCUGAUGAAGAAUCAGUGCCGAAUUUCUCUUAUAAUGAAGGCACAGUUUGGGACCUAAUUCCUGGUGUGAAACAAACUUUAUAUCCUCAUCAACAAGAAGGCUUCGAGUUCAUUUGGAAAAACAUGGCAGGAAACAUUCAUCUUCACAAGUUGAAGAACGCCAAUCCUCGCAAAGAGGGUGGCUGCAUUAUCUCCCAUGCUCCUGGAACUGGAAAGACAAGGUUGACAAUAGUGUUUCUCAUGGCAUAUAUGAAAGUGUUCCCGAAAUGCUUGCCGGUUAUUGUUGCUCCUGCGGGUUUGUUACUUACUUGGGAAGAUGAGUUCAAAAAAUGGGACAUUGGAGUUCCAUUUCACAAUCUAAACAGUUCUGAGUUAUCCGGUAAAGAGCACAAUGAUGCCAUUAAUCUGUCUCAUACACGGCAAAGUAAGGGCGAGAUACGUAUGGCGAAACUAAUUUCAUGGUUCAAAGAAAAGAGCAUUCUUGGAAUCAGUUAUGCUUUGUACAAGAUCCUAGCCUUUGGAGGUGGGGAAUCUAAAGAUAAGAAAAAGAAAAAACAUACGCAAGAGAAAAAACAGGUGGAUGUGGAGAAGAGAAAAGAAAAUGAUGUUAUGCGAAAGGUUCUACUCGAAGUUCCUGGUUUGUUAAUUCUAGAUGAAGGACACACACCGAGAAAUCGAAGAAGUAAUAUUUGGAAGGUGUUAUCGGAAGUUCAAGCGCGUAAGCGAAUUAUUCUUUCCGGAACUCCUUUUCAAAAUAGCUUGUUGGAACUUUACAACACAUUUAGCUUAGUGAAGCCUUCUUUUCCUAACACGAUACCUAGUGAGCUGAAAAAAUUUUGCGAACGCAAAAGUAAAUCAAAAGAAUGGAGUUGGGAAGCGGAUUCUGGCAAUAGUACAACAGGUAAUUCUUCUGAUGAUAAGAUCAUGCAGUUGAAAUUGAUUAUGGAUCCGUUUGUUCAUGUGCACAAAGGAGCUAUCCUUCAAAAGAAGCUUCCCGGGUUAAGAGAUUGUGUACUGAUUUUGAAGCCGGACAGUUUGCAGAAGCAAAUUAUCGAGAGCAUUCAAAGUGAUCAGAACACAUUGAUCUUUGAGCGUAAGCAGACAGUGGCAUCUGUUCAUCCAUCUCUUUUCCUCCAAUGCAAACUCUUGGAAGAAGAAGAAUCUGUUGUUGACAAGGAUCGGCUAGAAAAGCAAUGGUUAAAUCUAUAUGGCGGUGUCAAAACAAAGUUUUUGUUGGAGUUUGUUAAACUUUGUGAUGCUAAUAAUGAGAAAGUUCUUGUGUUCAGCCAAUUCCUCGAUACUUUAAGCUUAAUCGAAGACCAAUUAAACUCGGUUUUCAAAUGGACCAAGGGAAAGGAAAUUCUGUACUUGGAUGGAAAUGUUGAUCCAAAUGAAAAGCAGUCCCGAAUCCAUAGCUUCAAUGAUGCAAGUAGCCAAGCAAAGAUUAUGCUUGCUUCAACGAGAGCUUGUUCCGAGGGAAUCAGCUUAGUUGGAGCUUCAAGGGUUGUGCUACUCGACGUUGUAUGGAAUCCAUCCGUAGAACAACAGGCUAUCAGCAGAGCUUAUCGGAUUGGACAAAAGAGGGUUGUGUACACUUAUCAUCUUCUCACUCAAGGGACUGCUGAAUACACAAAAUAUUGUAAACAGGCCCAUAAGGACCGAUUAUCUGAACUCGUAUUUACAGCCAAAAAUACCAAUAAUGAUGAUGAGUCAAAGAGCUGCGCUGGGAACAUUGAAGAUAGAAUUCUUGAUCAAAUGAUGCGGCACGAAAAGCUCAAAGACAUGUUUGUUAAGUGUGUAGUACAGCCGAAGGAGCAAGAUUUGGUCGAUAGUUUCGCCUAUUGAUUUUUCUUUGCUACUGUGAAGGACUAUUUGCAAAGAUAAACAAAAAAUGAUGAUGAACCAAUGAUUUAUUUUGACAUUAAAUAGCAAAAAACCAUACCAUUUUGAUUACCUUUAUAUGUCACUGUUUUGUUUAUUUCAGUUCAUGCUUCUAAUGUAGUAACUCUUUAUUUUGUUUUGCUGAUUCUUCAACAUAGAUCACUAUGCAAAAUUUA